CUGUGACUCACGUUCUCCUCGUCCUUGUCAUCUGUUUCAGAUUCUUCGUCUGCAUCCUACAAAUGCAAGAAACAUUGUUGAGACUGCGCAGAUCACAGCGGGGUCACUGACAGCACGUCUAGACCAACACAAGGGGUUUAUUGGAUUUCACGUUUAUUAAUAAAUUGCACUUGGGUUCUUAUCAUCAUCAUCGCCUUCAUCAUCAUCAUUGCCAGCAGCCCAUCAUUACAGAAACACUUGACCAAACAAUGAACCCAGCAAUCCAGCUCCUCCGCCUACGUCAGGGGAAUCGUCCCCUGGAGGAUUAUGGGGAGGACUUCUGCGCUCUGGCCUGCCGGGUGGACUUCAGUGAGGUUGCCCACAAAGACUGUUUCCGAUUUGGACUAAAUGAGCCUAUCUCCAAUUUAAUGCCUGGUGGUCACAGUUCCCUCAGCCUCGCUCAGUAUAUCGACCUUGCUCUGCAGAUCACUGGUUCUACUUUCACUGUGGGGGAGGUGGAUGCCGAGCCAGCGUUCCACGACAUGGCCGCCGAGUCAGCAUUCCACGUCAUGGCCGCCAAGCCAGAGUUUCACGUCAUGGCCGCCAAGCCAGAGUUUCACGUCAUGGCCGCCAAGCCAGAGUUUCUCGUCAUGGUCGCUGAGCUAGCGGCAUCUUUUGUCUCUGCAACGCCUGAGCCUGCUCCAUGCCACGUCACAGCAACGCCUGAGCCUGCUCCAUGCCACGUCACAGCCACGCCUGAGCCUGCUCCAUGCCACGUCACAGACACGCCUGAGCCUGCUCCAUGCCACGUCACAGCCACGCCUGAGCCUGCUCCAUGCCACGUCACAGCCACGCCUGAGCCUGCUCCAUGCCACGUCACAGCCACGCCUGAGCCUGCUCCAUGCCACAUCACAGCCACGUCUGAGCCUGCUCCAUGCCACGUCACAGCCACGCUUGAGCCUGUUCCAUGCCACGUCACGUCCACCUCUGAGCAGUCGGACCUGGAGAUGGUUCCCACCCUUGUACCCACCCUUAGUUCUCCUGAGCAGGCAAGGGGAACUUUCAACCCUCCGACCCCGCCUGGAUCCUCCGAGCCCUGAACUCCGCCUUGGCCAGUCGGUCCCUCGACUCUGUGUUCCCUCAGCUCCACUGUGGUCCUUCAGCCUGUCGGCUUUGCCGGGGUCCCUCGUCCCUCCGGCUCCUCCUUGGUCUGUCAGUCACCUGGCUCUGCCUUGGCUCUCCGAUCCUCUGGCUGCGCCUCAUCCCUCCGAUCUAUCAGCUCCACCGGGGACCUCCUUCCCUACGGCUCCACCUUGGUCCUCAGUCCCCCAGCUCCCUACAGAACUUUGAGUUUAUGCCAUGUUUUAUGUGUUUUGUUCAUAUAUUGGGACAUCUGGAGCCACCCCUUAGUGGGGGGAUAUGUCAUGUGUAUUUUGUUGAUUCUUGUAUUUCAUGUCUUUUAUUUUGAAAAUUCUAGUUCUUGGUUCCCUAGUCAUGUGAUUCCUGUUUUCCCUCCAUGUUCAUGUGUCUUGUUUUCAUUGGUUUAUUGUUUAAUUAUCUGUGCACCUUUGUAUGAAAUCUGGCAAUUUCAAGCACUGAAUAGCCUUCAUUCCUCAAAAGAAUGAUUGACUGACAAGUUUCGUGAGAAAAUGUUUCUUUUUUGCCAUUUUUGGCCUAAUAUCAUCCCUUAAGACAUGCCAGUCUAUUGCAUAAUGUGGCAACUCAAAGACACAAAGACAAUGUUAAGCUUCAUUUAAUGAACCAAAUAGCUUUCAGCUGUGUUUCAUAUAAUGGCAAGUGAUUUUCUAGUACCAAAUUAGCAAUUUACAUUUACAUUUAUUCAUUUGGCAGACACUUUUAUCCAAAGCAACUUACAAAAGAGGAAAACAUAAGCGAAUCAUCUUAAGGAGACAGUGGUAUGAAAAGUGCUGUAUUACAAAGUUUCACUAGCACCAUAAUAGUAUUCAAAACAGAAUAAAGUGCAACAGGAAUUUUUUUUUUUUUUAAUGACUGGUUAAGUGCUCAUGGAAAAGAUGUGUUUUUAGUCGUUUUUUGAAGACAGAGAGCUUCACGGAUGGAGUUGGGAAGGUUGUUCCACCAACGUGGUACGAUGAAGCUGAAAGUCCGGGAAAGUGUUUUGGUGCCUCUUUGUGUUGGUACAACAAGGCAACAUUCCUUAGCUGACCGCAAGCUUCUAGUGGGCGCGUAGCUCUGCAUAAAUAAUUUUAGGUAUGCUGGAGCAGACCCAGUGACUGUUCUAUAUGCCAGCAUCAGAGCCUUGAAUUUGAUACGUGCAUCAACCGGCAGCCAGUGGAGAGAGACAAGGAGUGGUGUAACAUGUGCUCUCUUUGGUUCAUUAAAGACCAGACGUGCUGCUGCAUUCUGGAUCAUUUGCAGGGGUCUAAUUGCACAUGCAGGGAGGCCUGCAACAAGAGCGUUACAGUAGUCCAGUCUAGUUAUGACAAGUGACUGGACAAGCAGUUGUGUGGCAUGUUCAGAAAGGAAGGGUCUUAUCUUCCUGAUAUUGAUAAUUUAGCAUGAUUACUCAAGGAUAAGUUUUUGGAGUGAUGGCUGCUGGAAAUGGGGCCUGUUUAGAUUUGAUCAAAAAUGACUUUUUUCAAAUAGUGAUGGUGCUGUUUUUACAUCAGUAAUGUCCUGUCUAUACUUUUUGAUCAAUUGAAUGCCACUUUGGUGAAUUAAAGUACCAAUUUCCUUCCAAAACAGCAAAAUCUGUACAUUAUUCCAAACUUUUGGCUGCCAAUGUAUUAAAAAUGGUUAAUGCAUGUAAAAAAUAGUGAAGACAUGUUUUCCACAGUUUUUUUUUUCACUGAUUGAAUUUCAUUUAUAUGCACAAAUAUACAACUGCACAGUAAUAAAAUGCAUUUUAAUGUCA